AUGGAUGUCCAGCUCCACCGUUGGGAGAACAGAUUGGGCACUUUAGCGGUGGUCGGUCAUUUGACUCCCAUUGAGCAUUACAUGCGCUGGUAUCAUCAGAUCACACGCCGAUUGAUCGACAACCCAGCUUUGCAUCCCCCUAGGGAUGUAGGAUACUCAGCACUCGCGAGGCAGUACGAGGCAUUGCUGGUGGCCGUACAACGUUUACGCAUCUUGGGGUUAGAGCAUAUGCCUUGCCCUGGGCUUGCGGAUCGGAGGAUGGUAUCCGGACCGGCAAAAGCGAGAUUAGGCGCGAGGGAGGAGCGUUCCGGGAGGGCCGGUAUCGAGCGCGCCAGGAGGAGGACCGGUGCUCCCAGAGGAGGAGGCCGUGCUGUCGGAGGACGCCGUGCGCGUAGAGGUUGCGGUGCUGCUGCUAGAGGACCUAGUGGUGAAGGACACCAUCUGGUAGAUAAGGCGGAUGAGGCCGAUCCCAUUCCAGAGGGCGUUCACGGUCUAGUCCAUCCGCAGCCGUUCCAGGCCGGGUGCAGUUCACUUGGGGACUCACCUACGUUUAUGCCGGCACUCUUACUUGCUGAGAUACUCGGGUCGUCAUCACAGCCGAGCCAGAAUGCAUACAUGGAGGAGCGUGAUAACGUUGAUUGGGCGGCGUUACGCGCUUCAUUAGCUGAUGAGCGACAUGUGAGGAAUUUAGAGGGAGCCAGGAUUCUUGACUUCAAUGAGUUUUUGAUCCCGGAUUCGGCGCCAGCGGGUCCACCAGAGCCACCCACUCAGGCGUUUUCUCAUGGGUCUGCCAAGCCAGGGUGUCUUCCCAUAUGA